AUGCUGGCUGCUGCCCAAGAGAAAGCUGUUAUCAUGAAAUUCAAGGAAUGGGUGGCGGCUGGGUACUUGGACGAGGCCAAAUUCAGGCGGGGCCUUCUUGAGAAGAAGAAGAAAGACAUGGAGGCGGCAGCCAAGUCUGGUGCCGGUGGAUCCCAGAGUACCGUUGAUAUGGAUACAAGCUAUGUUGUCAAGUUUAUUUAUUCUGGUGAAGCAGCAACAGUUCCAUUGUUGCAUAAUUGGUCGUUUGUUGACCUAUGCAAUUCCAUACGCUCUCGUUUUCCGGAUUUGAUUCAAGGCAAUUUCAUGUUGAGGUACAUUAUUCCUCCGGAUUCUACUUCAUGUUUUCUAGAGAGUGAAGUUGAUAUGAGAAUGAUUUUUAGGAAUUUGGUUCGUUACAAUUCUGAUUUUGUUGAAGUGUUUGUUACUGAUUUGCCUUCUAUUAGUGAAAGUGUGGUGAGUAAUACAGUGUGUGAGGAUUCUAGUACCAUGCUUGAUGAGAAUGAUUAUUUGGGGUGUUAUAGGGCAGAGGCACCGAAGAGUUAUAUGACGAAAGGUUGGGAGAGUUAUAUUCAUUCUGAAGGCCAAAAGUUUGAGGGUGGGGUUGUUGAGUUUAGGGAUAAGCUGCGUAAGUAUGCCAUAGAAAUUGGCUUUUCAUAUGAGUUUGUUAGAAAUGACAAGGUUCGUGUUAUUGCUCAGUGUUCUAAGAAACAUUCUCAAGGCUGCAAUUGGCUUGUGAAGGCUCAUUUAUGCAGGGCUAAUGGUUUCUUUAUGAUUAAAAGGUUGGUUAAUGUUCACACUUGUCAUGGUGUGAUUCGUUUGCAGAAGAGUAAGAUGAUGGGAUCCAAGGUUGUCAAGUCUAUUGUGCUUGAUAAGAUUCGUGCCAAUCCAAACAAAAUGCCAAUUGAUAUAGCUGAUGAGAUCAAGAGUGAUUAUGGUUUGGAUGUUGCUUAUCGUACAGUUUGGUAUGGUACGGAGUUGGCAAAAACAGCCCUACAUGGUGAUGAAGCUGAGUCUUAUGCUCAGCUACUUUGGUUCAGUGAGUCUGUUAUGAAGUCAAACCCCGACUCUAGGAUAGUGGUUGAGUUUCAUCGAGAAACACACAGGUUUCAGCGUAUGUUUGUGACCUAUGGUGCAUGGAUGAAGGGUUUUCAAUCUUGUAGACCUAUUCUUUUCAUUGAUGCUACAUUCAUUACCAACAAGUACAAGGGGCAGAUUAUUGCUGCAUCGGCAAAGGAUGCCAAUCAAGGCUUGUAUCCAGUUGCUUAUGCUAUUGUGGAUUCUGAAAAUGAGAGUAAUUGGAGAUUUUUUCUUGAGGUUUUGGCUGAAGAGUUUGCAAAACACCCUAUGAGGAGGGUGACGUUUAUUUCUGAUCGUCAUGUUGGGCAUAGUCUUCCUAUUCUUGAUAUUAAUGAUGGCAUUAGAGUGAAGUCCAUGGCUUCAAUUGCUGCUCGGAAGCAGGAUGCUGAGGAAUGGUUCUCUGAGUUGUGCCCGGUGAUUGAAAAGAAGCUGAAGGAGAAUUUGGAAGUCGGAAGGCAUUGGAGAGUGAGCAGGUCUGAUACCUAUGUGUAUGAAGUUCACUGCCAGAAGUACAAUAGCAUGGUAAAUUUGGAAACUCGCUUUUGUUCGUGUGGAGAAUGGCAGCUGUAUGGCUUCCCAUGUUCCCAUGCCCUUGUAGUGAUCCAACAACAUGGUUCUUCCCCGUAUUUGUAUGUCAAUGAGCUGUACAAGGUGGAGAAAUAUCGAGAAACUUAUUCUUUCCCAAUUAAUCCUCUUCCCUCUAUUUCGAAGCAAGUGCAUGAUUUUGGUAGAGAUGCGGUUUUUAAUAGUUACAUGUACAGUGACAUAACCAUUUUGGCAUUAGUUUACAUUGACUUGUCCUGUGACAUUAGUUUUUAG